CGCGCGCGCAGGCGCGGCAGGUGGCGGGGAGCGGAGCCCGUUCCCGGGCCCAGCCCGAGCCUGGAGGGCUUCCUGGAGAAGGAGGCGUUUCCCCUGACUUCUUUCCUGCCGCUCGGCCGGCACUCACGGCGAAUUACCCUGCCGAGGGAUGCCCAAGAAGUUUCAGGGCGAGAACAGCAAGUCGGCAGCUGCCCGAGCACGGAGGGCUGAAGCCAAGGCGGCAGCUGAUGCCAAGAAACAGAAGGAGCUGGAAGAUGCUUACUGGAAGGAUGAGGACAAACACGUGAUGCGGAAGGAGCAGCGUAAGGAAGAGAAAGAGAAGCGCCGUCUGGAGCAGCUGGAACGCAAGAAGGAGACACAGCGCCUGCUGGAGGAAGAGGACUCCCGGCUCAAGGGCGGCAAGGCCCCUCGCGUGGCAUCCACAAAGGUCACCCGCGCUCAGAUUGAGGACUCCCUGCGCCGAGAGCAGCGUGCUGAGCCAGUGGAGAAAGUCAAGAGCCACCUGGAGCUGCCUCUGGAGGAGAAUUUGAACAGGCGGGCGCAGGAGGAGGGCAGCUUGGAGGCGCGCACUGUAGAGGACGCCAUAGCAGUGCUCAGUGUGGCAGAGGAUGCAGACCGGCACCCCGAGCGCCGUAUGCGUGCGGCCUUCACCGCGUUCGAGGAGGUACAGCUGCCGAGACUGAAGCAGGAGAACCCUAACAUGCGGCUGUCGCAGCUGAAGCAGCUGCUGAAGAAGGAGUGGUUGCGCUCACCAGACAACCCUAUGAACCAGCGUGCGCUGCCUUUCAAUGCACCCAAGUGACAGAACCAGACCUGAGUCCAGCUUGUCCAGGUCCAGCUCAUCCAAGUCCAGGCGUCCCCCAGCCAGGCCUGGGGAUUCAGAGAGUUCCGAGCCAGUGAGUUGCCCUCAGCAAUCCAGAGGGUCCCCGCUCUGAGCAACACCCAGCCCCUGUGCGCCCUAUGGAGCCUGGCUGAGCACCUGCCCAAUAAAGGCUGUGGCGAG